UCAUGACAUACAUUGUACACCACAGCAUAAUCCGAAUCAGCAGGAAAGGAUGGCACAUGCUCCUCAACUUCCUCUUCCACACUGCCAUGACGUUUGGGGUGUUUGCAGGAGGCAUCAACCAGAUCAAGUACCCUGUGAUCUGUCAAGUGUGCAAUGCCUUCUCAAAGAAGCAGGCAUGGGCCCAGAGAAAGUGGUGGGCAUCAGAGGGAAGGAUGUGGAAGGCACGCCAUGAAGUGCACACCAUCUUUGUCUGAUAAACAGGAGUCAUGACGGAUGCAGAAAAAUUAGCUCAUCCAAGUCUGUAAAUUUUGUUGUAUUUCGGUGAUCAAAUGUUCUCAUGUCACAAAAUAUGAAUAAUGAUUAAUGUUAAAGGAAACAUUUACAACAUUUGUUGAACAUUUGAGGUUUAUUCCAUAUAUGAUCCAGUGCUAGAUUGUAAAAAAUCUGAAAUACAUGAUACACUGCCAUUCAAUAGUUUGGGGUCAUUUUUUUUUUAAAGAAAUGUAGACUUUUAUUCAGCAAGUAUGCAUUAAAUUGAUCAAAAGUGACAGUAAAGACAUUUACAGUAUAUGUUACAAAAGAUUUCUAUUUCAAAUAAAUGCUGUUCUUUUAGACUUUCUAUUUAUCAAAGAAUCUUGAACAAAAUUAUCAUGGUUUCCACAUAAAUAUUAAGCAGCACAACACUGUUUCUUGAGCACCAAAUCAGCAUAUUAGAAUGAUUUCUAAAGGAUCGUGUGACACUGAAGACUGGAGUAAUGGCUGCUGAAUGGAGUAAAACAGUUAAUUAAAAUAGUUAUAUCUCAUAAGUACAGUUUUUACUGUAUUUUGUAAUCAAAUAAACGCAGCCUUGGUGAACAUAAGAGACUUUUUUCAAAAACAUAUUAAAAUCUCACAGACCCAAGACUUUUGAACAGUAGUGUGCCUGAAAUAGUCUUGUACUUCUACUGGGUUGAAGUGUUUUUAAGGUUGAAGUGUUUUAGGUGUGAAUGUUUGCUUUUAUGGUAGAUUGAGUUGAUUUCGAGACCUGUGUGAAGUGUUUUGGUGCUUAACCGCUGUGUCAAGCUGUAUGUUGAAAAAGAAAACUGUUUAAGAGUUUGGAAAAAGUGUUCUUCGUAUUGCGUAAACCUGUGUGGUUUCUGGAAGCAUUCCUGCUAGAUCAUUCCAUUUACAUUGCUUAGGAAUCAUUUGCAUAAUCUAAAUAUUUAGUUUAAUAUUAAAUAGUAUUUAAUAUAUUUACGUGACAGUAUUUACAUUUUCCUAGAUGUAAACAAGAAGGGAAUUUCACAUUCAUUUUUUUAUACAUUUACACAAUUAAUUGAAAAAACAUGACAGAUACUCACAGCACAUAAUAAUUUACAUCCAGUGGCUCACAUAAACACAAUGCAUUUCAUAUAUGAACGGAUGGGUAGGUUUCUUGGAUGCAGUAAGUGCAUUGGAGCAAAGAGGACAACAGCAUGACCUCACUGUCUGAGGAGGAUUACCUCAAACUCCCCCUCAGUGCAUCCUUCCUCACACACCAAGGUUGGCAUUAUCUUGCACUACUCCUCCCUCUCUAGCAUGCUUUGGCUGCUCUUCACUGCCAGGAAUAUCUGCAAGGAGGUGUCCAAGGCUCCGCCCAUACCUCAGGACAGGGACCCUCCCACACAACCACGCCCUAAAGCCACCAUUUUCAGGUUUUAUCUGGUCAGUGGUGGGGUACCCCUAAUCAUAGUGGGCGUUACGGCUGCUGUUAGCUUGGAAAACUAUGGCAGCAGAGAUGACGCUCCUUACUGUUGGAUGGCCUGGGAGCCCAGUCUGGGGGGCUUCUAUGGACCCACUGCCUUCUUGGUCUUGGUAAUGUGCAUCUACUUUCUGUGCACAUUCGUGCAGCUAAAGCGGCACCCGGAGCGCAAGUACGAGCUCAAGGCCAUGACCGAAGAACAGCAGCGUCUAGCCGCGGCUGAAAUUGGCCACUGCCACGCCGUCAGUGGAGAGCCAGGUGAGCACGGUGAUCACACAGGCUGCACAGCCAUCACAGCCUCUAUGUUGGCCAAUGAGCACUCUUUCAAAGCUCAGCUGAGGGCCACCGCCUUUACGCUCUUCCUCUUCCUGGCCACCUGGGUUUUCGGAGCACUGGCUGUAUCACAGGGCCAUUUUCUAGACAUGAUCUUCAGCUGCCUGUACGGAGCAUUUUCAGUCACAUUGGGGCUUUUUCUGCUGAUUCAGCACUGUGCAAAACGUGAUGACGUGUGGCACCGGUGGUGGGCCUGUUGCCCCAACAAACCAAAGGUGGAAGUCAAUGGGGAAGCGGCGGGGAACGCUGUCCCCGCCACCCAAAGUCACAGCCAUACCCCGUCCCAUGGGCAGAACCAAAUCCAUUGCCAGGUCGACUCGUCCUGCCUGGGUAAACCUCUGCUCUCCCCGCACCUCCACUCCCCAUCGCCGCACUGUAAGUUGGGUACUCUGCCUUCCACCCAAAACCACACAAGCACCUGCUGUGCCACGCUUCACAGUCCCUCCUCCUUGAUCGGGAAUGUGACCCGUCCACAGUCCCUCCCUGAUGAACUGCCCCGGCCAACCCUUCCCCUGCAAAGCUGCCUAAAGGACAGGUCUAAGACUCGCUCUUUCAACCGACCUCGGCCCUGCCUCAGGGACUAUUCUUACCACAUGACCUCCACCAGCAUGGAUGGCAGCGUGCACAGCUCCCAUUUGGACAGCCCCCACAGCGUACACCUGGACAACCCUCUCACCUGCCACACGUCACACUUGGAUACUCAACUCUCUUGUCACAGCCCCCAUCCGGACAACCAGCUGCGCUGCCCCAGUCCUAGUCCUCACCUCGAGAGUCUGGCCUCGCACAGCCUUCACGAUAGCCUCUCCUGCCAUAGCGGGCACUUGGACAGUCAGCUCUCCUGCCACAGACACAUGUGCUGUGCCAAAGCAGACCCGUUCUCAAGCAUAUGCUGCCCUAAAGCUGAACCGUUUGUCAGCCCUUGCCAGGCGGAGGAUCCUGACAUGGGUCCGCUGAUGUACAGUUGCACAAAAAUGGCAGAUAAACAGGACGAAGCCAUGCUGCACUUGGAUAUAACACCUCCGCGGGCACCUCUGUCAUGCUCCCAGGCCACGCUUGGCAGGAAAGGCACCCUCAGCCGGAGAGGGACGCUGAGUCGGAACAGUAGUCAGCAGGAGGACUACCUACUUACCUCUGAUUCCACAGGUAACAUUAGGACUGGACCUUGGAAAAACGAGACAACCGUGUAGGCUUGUGAAUGAUGUGCUAACCUGUUCUCUCGCCUGAGCUAAACUACUGUGUAGUCCCAGGGCUGUUACCCAAAGGCCCUCUCUUCUCUGAGCUAAGCUACUGUGUAGUCCCUCUGCUGUGACUUCCCUCUCUCACCCGCCCCAUAUACCUUCUCUUCCCCUUUAAAGAGGUUUGAACCUCUGCUUACCUCUUCUCAGACUUCAUUUCAUGUCUCAUCCCUGCUCCAUUAGGUUGGUUCUCUUGCCAUUUUGAUAUGGCAGCAAAGAUCACAUGCCAUACAUUUUAAUUUGGAUGGUCUUUUAUAAUCAAACUGAUUUUUGUACAUGUGUUUUUUGGGUAUGGUAACAUAAUGUGCAAUUAUGUUGUUGUGGAUGUGUGUGUGUGUGUGUGUGUGUGUGUGUGUGUGUGUUUAGCAGGUAAGAAAGAAGCGAGUGCAUGUGUUUGUGUCUAUUUGCAUGUGACAACAUGCUUGUGUGUAUAUACCAGAUAACAAGAUUUCCAUUCGUGCAAGAUUAGUUCUCUCUUUCAGAGACAAAAUCUCCCACAUUUCCAUUUUGUAUUUUAGUAAAAAAACUCUAAAUGAUCGCCAAGUGUAAAAAAAACACCAGCACUUAAUUAGAUUUUCACUUUUAAAGAAAACUGUGAAUUAUCACUAAGGAAGUUAAGAUUAAUCAAUGAGCAUAUAGUAUGUGAGUUACAUGUGCCAAAUAGUACAAUAAUUAAAAUAAGACUUUUAAAACUGAGAUCUACCCCAAAGUACCAAGCAGUCUGUGAUAUGUGGAUAAUGGUGUGUGGUUGUCAAAACGAAGCUGUCAUUUUUUUUUUCUUCUACAGACAUAAAAACAGCAAACAAAUAGUCUCCCUGUGUUUCCAUGGUGACAAAUCAUGAAGACAGGUGCCCAGUCAGAAUGCAUUUUGAACUGCACAUGUGAUGUAUGCACAUACAGUAUUUAGUUACUGACGAUAAGGUGCAAUCAGUUCAAGUCAAUGGCCUUACAGAACCCGUCAGUUUUGCAUUGAUCAAAAGUCUUACGUUGCACUAAAGCAUGUUCACUAUAAUCUAGGAAGCAAUCAUUUACACAUCUAAUGAGCUACAUACAUUCAUGUGAUUGACAGGAAAGCAUCUUAGCUUACUGGAAACACUCAUGGUAUUUAUUCUGAGCCAAUAAUCGAGGGCUUCACUUUCUACAUUAGAAGAAAGGAGACUCAUUAACAGCUUAUAUCACUGUGCCAACUCACCUUGCUCAUAGAAAAUGUCUGAUUUUAACAUAAUACCCACUGCUCAUUUGACUGAUGAGCUUCCAUUAAGACAAAAAGCAAAAAAAAAUUAACUUGACAUUAACGCCCACCAAGCUGCCAAAUCCGGGUGGAUUUCAGCAGUGGCGUUUAACACAGUCACUCCUACUGGUGAGUUGAAAUAUAUACACACACACACACACACACACACACACAUUUUUCAAUUGUAGUAUUUUAAAAAGUCAUCUGAAAUAAUAAACUAAGUGCAAUGUAGUGAUUUCAAUACAUAUCGAUACUGAAAUAUCUGAAACCCUUCCAAUACUCAUUUUCAGCCUCCCCUUGUUCAUUCGUUUCAUUUUCUCCGGAUGAAUAUUGUUGGUGUUACAGCGCUUGAAUUUUGGUGUGGGAUUGCGCAUAUUGUGCACAAUUUUACUCAUUCCUGCAGAUUUUGUGCUCACACCCAAAUUGCACUCACAUAAAGCCGCCUCUCAGUACUAAAUUGAGUUAUUUUUCGCUGCUUAUUGUGCUUAAACAUUUAAAUACACACAAAAUAAUGUCCAAAUUCAAGUAUUCACAUGACAGUCAGUUAUGGUUUAAGUGAACAUAAACAGUUGAGAAAGAAAACGAAUGUGUAACAGUAUAAUGGAUCCAAGCAUCAGGUCUUAAAGUGACAGCAGCCUAAUAUACCUGCUGCCAAAUUAUGAGAUAAUGUUAACUGCCAUAUAGAUAUUUUUUUUCCCCAUGGUAUCAAUGUCAAAAUUGUGGCCAGUUUAAAUGCUGAGUGGCUAGUAACUUUGAAAAACCACUAGUCACAGUGGCUGGUGAGCAAAAAAAGUUAAUUAUUAUUAUUAAGCCCUGAUUAUCAGGCACAUUGAUUAAAAAUAGGUAAAUCAUAUAGUAAGUUCAUUGAAACAUUAGGCGUGCAAUAUUUAAAUAUUUUACUGAAUUUUGAUUCAAGAAAUGAAUAAAAAUUUACAUAAUGCAACUAAAAAGUAAGUCACUGAAGAGUGUCAUUAUGUAAAUUAGAUUUAUUUUUCAGUAAAACUGUUGAUCAUCAGUUUUGGCUUUCUUGGUUUCAUUGAACUUUAUAUGUAAUUUGGUUAUUGAAUGUUAAUUAUUCUUGAUUUACUUUUUUUCAUUUUGAAAAGACGACAAAGUUGCAUCUGCACCAACUUAUAUAUUAUAAAUCAGGUGCAGAUGCAACUUUGUCUUUUCAUUAAACUUAAUAUGUGAUUUGGUGAGCAUAUUCUAUUUUAUUCUAUUUAAUUCUUCUUAAAUUAAGAUAAACACAUGACCACAGAAAUCUGCAAAUAACUACUUGUUUCUGUGCACAUUUAAGGGGUUAUAUAUAAUUUUUUUUUUUUUUUUUCAAUACCAUGUGGUCGUAUUUGUCUCAUUUUGUUUUUGAUACUAUGUGCCAUUAUUUAAUCAGAAUGCCAACAGAAGGGUCUUGUGGAACAUCUGGAAAAUUCUUUGUUGUGUUUCUUUGUGAGCUCAGGGAUCAUGUUACAUUUUUCACAAGUACAACCACACAAGAUAUAAAUUUGCAUGGAAUUAAUAUUGGCUAUUGUCCCCCAGAGUGUGUCACCAAAUAAUAAUAAUAAAAUAUUUUUUUUAACUCGAAAUGCCCCUCACCAGCCAACCCAUGCUUCUGCAGAUGUGUAGCAAAUGGAUACUAUUAAGCCCUCCCUUGAAUCCCUGGAGGAAAUGAAUUUUGUCUAGCUGCCUGAUUUGCCAUGUGUUGUGCUUUAUCUUCACCCACAUGACCCACCUGUCAUUUAUAGCAUAUGAAAGAACUGCAGUGAUUUUUUUUGAGUACGUGAUUUGUGCUCUGACCUGACCCAAAGCCUUUUUUUCUUCUUUUUUUUUUACAUGUCACAAUUUCCAAUAAAUGUAUUUUAUCACCUGA